GGAUGGGUGGUGGGAGGGUGAAUUGGGAGAUAAAUGGGGGGUGCCCAUGUGAAAACAGUGACAGGCAGCAGCAGCUGAGCCAUGCGCACUUAUUUACAACAAUCAUACUGAUGUAUGGUUUUGGUGUAUAUACGAUUUAUCCGUUAUCUAUUAAUGGUUCUGGAGAUUAUCUUUCCCAUGGCAAAGUCUCAGACCAGGUCUCCUAGAUUCGAAAGAAAAUACAGCAUUACGGGAUUAAGAACUAUUAAGAAGCACAUAGGAAAGUAAAGAAUCCUAUCAGAUUGAGCAUGUCGGGGUUGAGUAUACCAAUUCACCCUAUUACGCACAACCCGACUGAAGCUUGGGAGCAGAUUAAACCCACACAACGAGUUAUCAAGCUAAAUGUCAAAACUCCCACAACUCCACAGAAUGAAAAUAUGUUAAGAUUUGUGUGCAUGAGUGACACGCAUUGCCUCACCUCCCACCUUCAGUUUGAGAUCCCUGAUGGAGAUGUCUUUGUUCAUGCUGGAGACUUUACACGGUGUGGCAGUGCAAUAGAAAUUGAAGAAUUCAACAGUUGGAUAGGUUCACUUCCUCACAAGCAUAAAGUGGUUAUUGCUGGAAACCAUGAACUUAGUUUUGAUCCCAAGUUUACAUGCGGCCCAGCAGCCCGACAGCAACACAAAAACGCACACACAGGUGGAGGACUGAUAAACGAGAUCCCUGACUUGGGCAUAGAGCGUGCAAAGCUGAAGGCUGCCGUUGAAGCAGAAAACACCGUCAACUUGAUCACCAAUGCUACAUAUUUACAGGAUGAACCUCUUACUAUAUGUGGCAUUAAGCUCUAUGGAACACCCUGGCAACCCGAGUUUUGCAACUGGGCAUUUAAUUUACCGAGGGGUAAGCAGUGUUUAGAUAAAUGGGAUGCUAUACCUGCUGAAACCGAUGUCCUUAUCACUCACACUCCGCCUGUUGGUCAUGGAGACUUGUGCUGUACAGGGGUCAGGGCUGGAUGUGUUGAGCUGCUUUCAACUGUUCAAAGCCGGGUCAAACCCAAAUACCACGUAUUUGGUCAUAUUCAUGAAGGCUAUGGUGUGACCAGUGAUGGAAAGAUAAUUUUCAUUAAUGCCUCCACAUGCAACAUCAACUAUGUUCCUGUCAACCCACCUAUUGUGUUUGAUGUUCCCAUUCCACCUGGGUUCUCAAAAUGACCUCCCCACUAAGCUAGUUAAUAUAGAGUUCAUUCUUCAUGGAAAGCUCUUUUGAUGCCAGUGAAGAGCUGCUAAUCCAAGGAAUAGGAGCUACCAUCCAUGAUAACAAUAUAUUAAUAUUUCACAAAGAGUUUUAUCAAUGGUGCUGCAACCCAUGUUCAAUAUUAAAACAGUUUCCAUGAUGGCUCAGCCAGUAUUGAAGCAGUUACUUUCUAUUAGUAAUUCAAUAAAACCUAUCAUAUCGGUAAUGUCAGGACUGAGACUGUGAUUGCUAAUGAUAUAUUUUAUGGCAUACCAUAUGUCACUACCCUAAACUUAUUUAAUAUCACCAUGAACUUAUAUACUCUACAAUAAUUUUUAAAGUUUAAUUACAAAAUAUGGUGAAGUUCAUUGACUGAGCAGUUAGUGGCCUGGCAAGAGAGAAUGACAUUUUGGAAGGCAUUAUAUAAGUAGUUUCCUGUUAAACAUUUUGCAGGUCAUAACACUAACUAGAGGUCAGAUAAACAAAAACAUGAAUGUGUAUUCUGUAGUUAUAACAAAUGUACACCUGAACACCCCUCCCAUGUCAGUGUUUGUUUUGAAUUGUAAUGAACAAAAAAUAUGAGAAAUGUACAGUACAGAUAUUGAAAGUUCUUGUUAGUUAUUGGGACACUAGAUGUGACCCAUUAUAUUAUGUGGCAUGUAUGAAAUUAUACUGAAAUUGCAAAGUAGGGUUCAUUAGCCUUACAUUUGAGAUUACCAUUUUUAUUAGUAUAUAAAGGGCACAUAGAGCUUCCUGUAGCAUUAUCUUCUAACCAUUAGCUAAGACAUAAUUGAAAGAAAGAACUCAAACCUAACUAUCUUCAUAAUAAAAUGUUUAGAAAGGCAAUGCAAACUGCAAAUAUAGAUGUGUGUGAAGCUUAAGUUCAUAUUUUUAAUAAGCAGGAAAUGGUAUUAAUGAGACCCAUUUUCUUAUUGCAUUAUAGUACAUGCUCCUUGAUGUUGGUGAGGGGCUCUUGAUUUAGGGAAUUGGAUCUGUGCUCCAGUUCCCCGAAUUAAGCCUGAAUGCCUUCCACAUCCCCCCCAGGCGCUGUAUAAUCCUCCGGGUUUAGCACUUCCCCCUUGAUUAUAAUAAUAAUAUAGUACAUGCUGUUAAAUCUUAUUGACUCCCAUAAUCCUACAUUUUAGUAACUUAAAAGGCUUCUGAAAACAGUAGGUCUUGAUUUCAAAUUUUUGCAUUACUUCAUGCAUGAAUUUUACUUAAAAAAGUGAUUAAUGAAGGAGUAUAACUAAUGAGAUCGUUUCUUAAGUAUUGCCUUGAGGGUUUUGUAAAUUUUAUAUUUAUGUUUUAUAGGAAAAGAGGUUGUAUGGGGUUUGCUUCUACUUUUUAUAACUUCAUUUCAUUCCACUUUUACACUAUUCUUAUAUUGAGUUGUUUUCUGACAUCCAUGGGGCUCAUCUGGAUCUGUAGUUUCCAAUUACGUAUGGUACAUCGUGAUCAUAUUACAUAUUUCUCUAUCCCUUUAGUGACAUAAAAACUAGAUCACAUUUUUUCUUUGUAUCAUAUUUUCCUCAAAUACUUUUGAUUUACUCCUGGGAAUGUUCCCACAUUUCAGUUUGCUUUAUACUAGGUGUGGGUUUUACACAGACAUUGUAUACUCAUGUGUUGCACAUGUGGGGUAAAUAGUGUUUUGGACGAGCCUUUGUCUGAAAGCUGAUCUAUUCUUUCUGUUUCAUGAAUGUGUAAGAUAGUAGGUAAAUCUUGCAAACUCCUAUGUGCCUGCAGUAUACAUAUACAUAUAUACUUUUCUUUGUUUCUUAAUGUAGUAGUUCUUAUUUCUUUAAUAUUUCUUUCCAAAAUUAGGAGACUCAGAAUGAUUCCUAGAAACAUUAGCAGAUAUAACAGGUUCCUGAUUGCUUUUCUUAUGGUUGUGAGCUUUGACUGUGCUACUGAUGUUACUCUGUUUGUGUGUUUGUAAUUACAUACAGUAUUUGUGACUACCAUCCUUAAUAGUAGUUACAGGAGCAGAGUUAUGCUCAUAAUAUCCAAUAUUUUAGGUUUACUUUCUUAUAGCAUUUUGUAAGUUACUGGAGGUUAUAAUAAUUCCACCAUCUCUUGAUUACAUUCCAUGCAUGCUCAUAUUUACAGUUGACUGUCGGAUAACACAGUAGUUACAUUCUUGAGAACAGCAUGUAAUAAAAAAUGAGUGUAAACUAAACUGAAGAACACAUGGGAAAAAUAGGGUUACUGUGAAAUGGAGUGGAAAGAAUGCUGGUGUGCCACAUUUUUCCCUACAUGUACUUUUAUAGUGUGUUCACCAAAAAUAUGCCAAAAUUUUCCAACUGUGUUAGAGUGAAAUGUGUUAACAGAUUGUAUGUUACCCGAUGGUCUACUGUGGUUAUUUUGCAAUUAUUAUAAAAAGUUGACCUGUGUUAGAAAAACCUAGCUUGCUUAUAAAAUAAACUGCUAGGCUAAAGUGGUAAAAUUAAGUUACAUUAGGAUGCAGCUUAGGGGUUAUAAUGGAAUGUUGAAAUAAUAUCAGUACUUGGAGCUCAAUGCAUGUAUUUCUAGCUUUUGUCUUCAUAUCAUUGUGUAAUAUAUAUUUGAAGCAUAUUGUAAUAUAUAUUACCAGUAGUUUUGAAUUUUAGUGAUUUAAUUGCUCAGAAUUACAAUUUUAAGGUUUGUAUUACUAUACAAAUAUUCCUACCACAAGAUUAGUGUAGAUGAACAACUCAGUUAUAAAAGCAUUUUAUACUCAUAGGCUAAGAUAUGGGAUAAAAUAUAUUGAAAGAUUUUUGUACUAAGGCAUUCUAACAAGUAUAUUUAAUAUGUGACUGAUCAUAAGUUAAUGUUCUUCACUUAGCAAGUUAGAAAUAUUUAUACAUAGAUAUGCAGUACUAUACCUCAUGUUCGGCCAGUGAGUUGUGGAACAUGAUUGGUUGUGGAUCUUGUUUUAGUGUUGAACAUGUUUUUAACCAAAUGUAUCUGAUUUACUUUUGAAUGUCUGUUAAACAAUUUCGGUAUAAGAAAAAAAUUCUGAAUGAAUGUUUCUUCUUUUGAACAUUUGUCUUUAAUUAAUUUUUAAUUUCUUUCAGUCACAAUUAUCCAUUGAUAUUAAAAAUUCCACUGACGUUUACAGCUGUUAUUUUUUCUAUGUCUUUGUUAUUUUUAUCUUGUCCCCACUUCGUCCAUUUCCCUAAAAUUAUGCAUUUGUAGCCACCAGCGAAACUAUUCUCAUGGUGUUCCAAAGUCAAUAAUUAAUCUACUAUAUAAUUUAUCAUUUCCAAAGGUUGUACCUAUUACUGUCUCUUCUUUUAACCCUUUGAGGGUGUAUCCUGUAGUUCUAUGGCUUUGAAGCCAGGGUCCAAGCCCCAGUACUACAUCAUGAGCUCAGCUCACUCAGAUAAGCUGUGAGCGGUAAAUUUGGGCCUAGAUAUGAGAGAAUGCAUCUGUGUGGUAAGUAUGCGCCAUAUAAAACAAAUCUUGCAGCACGCAGUGCAUAAUGAGAAAAAACUACAACUGUGUUUUUGUAUUAAAACAGCAACUUUGCAGUGUAUUUUCAUAUGGUUUUUACGGUUGUACGUGCAGUUUCUUGGUCUCAUUUGAUAGAAUGGAAGAUAUAUAACAGAAAUAGAUAUGAUUUUGAUUGGUUUUUGUACUGAAAAUAGUUUGAAAUUGAGCUCAAAAUAGCAGAAAUGUUUGAUUUUUGCCAAUGUUCAAGAGUAAACACAUCACAUCACGUGUCCAAUGCACGUCAACUGGUGGGUCUAAUGUGUGUUAACAAAUGCACUGAUAUUAUUUAUACAAUUAUUACAAUAUUACAUAACAGUAACUCUUCAAUUUUUUUGGUGCGAAUAAAAAUUCUUUAUGAAUAAAAAAUCAAAAUGGAAUUCAUCUGUAAAGCCUGGAAAUGUAACUAAUAAACAGAGUAAAUGUUAUUUUAGUGUCAGGAAUGCCUGCAUUGUUUAUUCUAGACCCUAUUUUGAAAUUGGAAUAUUUUGAACCUUGUGUGAAAUUGGCCAAAUUACCAAUUUCUGAUCACUUUAUUGGGUAGUUGAAAUAGUUGAUUGGGCAAUUUCUUGUGCUCAAUAGAUAAACUGGGACACAUUCUUGCAAAAUAGCUAAGAAUUUGGUAUAAUUGAACAGUGUAAUUGGCCGAAGAUAGGACUGAAAGUGGGCAAAAUCACCGAUGUUUAAAUGUCGCUGAUACAACAAAAUUCACAAGAGCGUAAUUUCGUCAUUUUUUUUUUUUUUUUAUCAAAUUUUGUCAAUUUUGUUUUAUUACCUUCAGAAAAAGAUUCUCUACCAUUUCAUAAAAAAAUAUAAAUUUUUUUUUUUUUUUAAUUCUUGGACCCUGUGGGGAAUUUUCAGAUUGGGGGUCUGGACCCUCAGAGGGUUAAUCAAUUCCACUACUAUACUGUAUAUAUAUACAUGUAUAUAUAAAAAUUUAGUAUACUUAGGGCUGUGUUGGUUAAUUGACCAGCUGUGGCAGUUUUGUUCCUUUCAUAGUGGCUGCUGGUUUAGUGAGAAUGAGAUAAAUUUAUCAUGUAAUGGCAUGAUGAUAAUAGCACAAUUCUUGUCAGCUACACUUGGCCUUCACUGCACAAACAACAGCUUUAUUUGAUGCUAGUCACUAAGAUAAUUAUAUUGUCAUGUAUUGCAGGUGUGUACACUUUCUUGGAUUCCUGGAAUCUCUGGAUUUCAGAAGCAUUAGUUACAAAUUAGGAAAAUCUUAAGAGCAGAUUGUAGUACAGUAUUUGUUAUUUAAAAAGAAAUCAUGGACAAUGUCAUAAUACUUCUUGAGAAGUGUUUAAUAUUAGCUAUUUCUAAGUUUUUUUUUUUUUAGUAGUGCUACAACCCAUAUAGCAUUUUUGUGAAUAUUAUAAUAAUGGGAUUUUUAUAAGAACUGAUUAUACUUUCACCUUGAUAAUUGGUGUAAUAUUAGAUUCACCUCAGGAGCUGUUUAUUUGUGAUUAAGUAUUGCUUAGAUUCUUUAGCUUUGGCACAUAGAAGAGUAUAGCAAACAUCAUAGAGAAGGAAGCAGGAGGCAUUAAAAGCAGGUGAACAUAUGUAAAAAAUUAUGCUUUCUAAUUUGGAAGAAAUCACACACAUUGCAUACUAUUUUUGUGCCACUUAACUGGUAAAUUGUGCCCUUCCACUGGGAAGAUUCUGUAAUCUUUCUUAGAAACAAAUAUUAUUCUAUAAUCUUUCAGUAUGGCUUAAUCUUGAGCUACAGGCAGUCUGUGAUAAAAUUAUGUUAGUAUGUAGACACAGUGCACUUUAAUGAGAGGUUUGGGAUAUUAGCUGUUUGGAGUGACAUCUAAAUUGGUGCCUCUGCAAAGACUGAUUAUGUGUGAAUGAUGGUGAGUGUUUCUUUUUUGGGCCACCCUACCUUGGUGGGAGAUGGCUGACAUAUUGAAAAAAAUGUAGAAACACAGCAGAGAUGGCUCAGAGGGCUACACAUUAAAGUUUAGUGUAGUUUUAAAAAUAGGUUAGAUAAAUACACGAGUGGGUGUAGGUGGGUGCGAGUUGGACCUGACUAGCUUGUGCUACUCGGUCUGAUGCCGUGCUCCUUCCUUUAGUAGAAGUGACCUGACUAGGUGGGCCAUUGGUUUAAGCUGGGGGGGUGACAUGGACCUGCUUCGCAUGGGUCAGUAGGCCUGCUGCAGUGUUCCUUCUUUGUUAUGUUAUUUUGAAAUUAUGCUGCUGCUCUUGCUUUUGCAUAUCUGAAUUUCUUAUCGCUCAGUGAGUCAUCACACUUUUCAGAAUAACUGCAUGGGAGCAAGUUUGAGAAAAUCUCUCUUCUCGAGGGUGCCUUGAUGCUGGUGAAGGGCUUCUGAUCCAAGGAACUGGAGCUACUCUCCCCUUCCUCAAAUCAAAUCUGAUUACCUCACAUUGUCAUUCACUGUAUGAUCUUCGCAAGUGUAGCGCCUCCUCAUGAACAUUAUAUGAAACUUGAUUGUUCAGAUUAACAUGAGAGCCACACUUCAGUAUCAGCCCAGCAAACAAUUUAAUGUGAAUACUUGUUAAAUCUGAUACAUUUUCUAAACUAACAUGUAUUUUAAGGGCUUACAGUCUUUAAAGCAAAUUCUUGUAAAGUGAAUAAUUAUAAAGCAGAAACUGCCUGUCCAGUAUGCUCUAUGAUCUCUACAGGGUUAUACAAAAGCAGUGUGUGAUUUAAUAAUUCUUAAUGUGAUAGUCCUGCUGUGCCUUCCACUGUGAAAAAUUGAAGUGGCUAUUUGAAUCUUAGGAAGAACUUAAAUGAUGUGCUAUUUUUUGGAGUGAAAUUUUUAAAGAUGGUUUAGAGAAAGUUUUCUUGCAGUCUUCUAGGAUAGCAAGUACAGUAUAGUCAGGUAUAGAGUGUACAGAAAGCUUACUUGCUUGAUUAAUUCUGUAGAAUAGAUUGAUUUUGUCCCCAAUCAGGUUUUUUCAAUGGGAGGUGGGGUUUGGCCUGGUGUUGGUGAAUGGCUCUUUAUCUAAAGAAUUGGAGCUUCCCUCCCUUCCCCGGAUUAAUCGAACCUGAUUUUCUAACAUUCCCCUGGUGCUGUAUGACUACAAUGGGUUGACCUCUUGCCCAUAAAUGAUAGUAAUACUGUACUGGUAGGAUUGUGAAUAUAAUGAUACGAAGAGGGAGGAAUAGUAUGGAUAGGCCUGACUCAGAAAGAAAUCUAGUAAGUAUUAUUUUAAUGUAGGUGAUCCAAAAGUAACAUACUUGCCCUUGGUGUGUACAGUGUGGCAUUUAUAUAAUUUCUCCUUCUUAAUAUUGCUAUAUUCAUUUUACAGUGGUGAAAAAUGUGUUUAUAUUGAUAGGAACGUAAAAGUCUUAUGAAUGUAUGUUGUAUCUGAGUUGGCACUGAGAUGCCUAUAAAAAGUGAUUUGAGAAAUAGUUUGAGAAGGGGGAAAAAGUAACAUUGAGAGGGGAGGGGAUAUUAUAAUCCUAGGAUUCAAGUAGAUCUGUCAGUGUGCUUUUCUCAUACCCAUGGGGUCAGUAGUUGGAGACCAAUAUAAUUUUACUCUUGGAUACCACAUUAUUAUCUGGGUCACACUACCAGGGUAACUGAUGUCUCACAAAGCCUUUAUAAAGUAGUAGUGAUUUUAAGGCUUGUAUAUGACCAAGAAAAGUGAUGAAAACACUAACUAUAUAUAUGUUAUUAUUGUUAUUAAAAAAUGAAAGAUUCCUUAGAAACACCUUUAUGGCAGAAAAAUACUGUAGUAGAAUAUAGUUACUGGAAUGGGAAAGCCACAUAAAAUGUAUGUUGAUAAUGAUAAGUGAAGUGUAAGAGGUGAGUGUGGUGGUGUACAAGGUCAAUGGAUACAUCAGAAAAUCUAGACAGAUAACACUGAACUGAUUGCUGAGAAAGGCAUUACAAAUGUUAGGAGUUUUAUUUCUGAUUACACAGCAUUACUGUACAUGUAUAUAGCCAAAUCAUUUUUAGCAAGCUAAUGAUUGUAUGUCCUACAGAUAGAUUGUGGAAAACAGUGUGAGAGUGACUGGAAUGACAGGAUUUACCUGAUGAAAGAACUUAGUAUGCAGAAUGAAUAAUUAAUUGUUCUGGUAGUGUAGGGGAACCUGUACAUUCACUUUAUGUAGUAAAAAUAAACUGUAUGUAUGUUACUAAGCUACAUGAGUCAACUCUACCCCAUAUAUAAUGGGGAUGGAAAGGAAUUUGAUAGGUAAUUUGUAUUCUAUGUUAAUGUUUUCUUUUACAGCUAUAAUAUUGUAAAAUGCACUUAAGUGCAUAGUGAAAAUUCGAUUCAACUAUCCAAUGGGGCAGACGAUGGUGUCUGAUAAUGCCCCAAAUAAUGUUAAAAAUAACAACAAAAAAAGCACUACUGUAUACAUAAUAAAAGUACUGUACAUAUAAUUUACUAGUAUAAUAAACACUGGAAAUAGAAAAGUUAAAGAAAAGUUAAAAGUACAAUAAUGUAAUUUUGUUUUACCUUUUGUGGUGAACAGAUAAGGUUAUUUUGCUGUGAUCAUAUAGUGGGAACUUGGAACAACAUUUGUUCUGAGUCAUAGGAGCUGUGAAACUUUGGUGACCUACUUAUAUAUAGAUAACUGAUGCUGUGUCCUUAUGAUCAUUUCUCUAAAAGCACAAAAGUGUUCAUAAUAGGCCUGCAUAUUUAAUUGAUCUGAAGCAUCAGUGUAAUUGAUGAGAAUCUUUAUUUUUAUUUCUUUCAACAUCAGCACUCGCUGUAGAGGUCAUUCUUAAUCACAAUGUAUUUUAUAUUAUAAAACGAUUAACGCAAAGUGGCUGGUAGGUGGCACCUCGGUUUGUUAUUGCUCACUCUUCAUUUUCCCUGAAUUUACUAUGUUAAUUUUUUUAUUAUAAUAAAAAUUAUUAUAAAUUAUAAAAAAAAUUAACAUAGUAAAUUCAGGGAAAAUGAAGGGUGAGUGAAGGUUCUACUUCUGCGGUGCCACUCUGUGCCUUAACAAACGGAUAAUUCUGUAUCAGGUGAAUUUUAUUAAUUUCCGAAAUACAUUAAAUGAAGAUUCGUUAAAUCAAAGUUUCACUGUAGCACUUUUUUUGUCAUCAGUUUGAAUGUACUGUAUCAAGAGAAUUUGAGAUAAUAUAGUUGUUGGAAAAGCUGUAUGGUGAGAGGAACCAUUUUUUCAUAAUUUUGUACAGUGUCAGUUACCAAAGUGAGCUAAUCUGUAAUUAACAUUCUUAUAAUUAUCUGUAGGAGGGCAAAUUUUUUAAAUUUCUUUUAAGUAUAAUGAAGCAGUCAAAAUAUUUUAUAUCUAAUUUAUUUUUCAUAAUAAAAAUUAUGGUUCUUGUCUAGUUAAAUCAAGGGCUCUUGAUCCAAGAAAUUAGAGCUACUUUCCCCCCUUCCCCUCAAGAUCAAACUUGAUUACCUCACAGGUGCAGUAUGACCCUUAGGAGUUCAGUGUUUUCCCAUAUAUAAGAGCCUGGCUUGGGCAGUCUGCACAGAAUUGAUUAAUUUAAUUACAUUCCACUAGUUAUCCUUAUACAGAUCCUUAAUAGUGAUCCAGUAACUCAGACCAGUCAGGUUAAUGGUUAAUUAAAAGGAGCAAAAGUGUGCAUUAUGCCAAUGCUCUUAUUGUUAAUGGUUGUAGAACCAGCACUUUAUAUAAUUUUUUCUUUGGAAGUUAGCAGGUGCUUCAAAUUUUACUCGCCUAUUUGUGGUUGAAGGGGUAGAGUCACAGCUCCUGAAUCCAUAUGAACAUUUCUUUGGUUCCACACAUAAAUUAGUUUUUAAUAUUUAGAUAUAUGUGAUCAUGUACAGUAUAAUUGUUUCUCUUGUUCAGAGUUCAGGUAAUGAUGGAUAGUAUGUGUUCUAACAUUCAUUGGCUACCUACUGUAAAAAUUUUGUGAGUAUUGAAAUAAAAAUAAUAAUAAUA